AUGGCCGUCUGUGUUUACUGCAAAAAGGAAGGUAGCAUCUCUUUAAGGUGUAAGCAACACGUUAUAUGUCAAGAAUGCCUUCCAGAGAACAUCAAAAAGUUUGGCUACGAGAAGGAUGAGAUAUACACUUGUCCUGAGUCAGAGUGCCGCGUCACUAGAUCUACCGCACCGCGAAAGCGGAACGUCUGGAUUUUCGCCGACAACUCCAACAUUUGGAUUGAAGCAAUGAAACAUACCGCUGAAAGAAAGGAGUUUACGCCUACUCAUGACCAUCGCGUACGCAUCAACUACGGGGUUCGUUUACAUCCUGACAACCUGGCGGGGAAGAAUCGAGUGGUGAAGGAGGCCACCCUUUACGGUUCCGUGCCGCCGCCGGUUGACACCUUCUGGGAAAAAGUAAGGACGUACAAAUGGGUCGUGAAAACCUACGAGAGGAGCUAUGUUACUCAUAAAGAAAAGGAAGUGGAUACGGAGCUCGUCGCUGAUGUCACGGAAGUCGUUUGCAAAACACCAGUUCGUCUGCGGGGCACAAUCAUCAUCAUCAGUGGCGACCGUGACAUGCGGCCUGCCGUUGAAAAAGCAUUGGAGAAUGGUUUUGAAGUCGAAAUGUAUAUUUGGAAGAACUCCACAUCUUUUAGGGACAGUUUGGAUGAGUACAGAAAGAAGUAUCCAGGGCGUGUCUCAUACCAAUAUUUGGAUGACAUUGAAGAACAAGCUACCUACCUGAAUACGGAGCUGUCCGAAAACGCACAGGUUGACAUCUACAAUUGCUCUGCAGUGAUUUCAAUUGGAGAAGGGAAGACUCCGGAGGGAAUUGUUGGCAGUAAAGACGAUUGGAAUGAGCUAGAAACAAAAACAAAAUGGCCAGUUGAGUACAGGCUGCUAAAGGAUGGUGGUAAAAAUAGACAUCUGCUACUUGUUUUCCAGUAUAUGGACCAACCGGAUUUAGAGAGUUUAGUGGAAGAGAUCAAUUCUCUACCCUAUGUAGAACACUGUAGACUGUUCACUAAGUCUUUAGAAAAAACAGGAGUCAUAGACGAUGACGAUGGCUUUAAAAAAAUUGUGGGUAGAAUAAAGCCUAAGAAACCAGGUAUAUUUGGAGGACCAGGGCUGCCCGGCAUGGGGAGGAAUGGGAGGAGGAGAGGUGGGGGGAGGGGUUCAGAUCUGUUUGGAGGUCUCGAGGUCUGGGCCCAAUCCAGGGAUCUGUUCCAGGGAGGACCCAUUCUCUCCUCCCCAAACAGGAGUGGCUGCCCGCUGCCAGGUAAAGGAAUGGAAAUACUGAGGACCUUUGUCCGUCGCGGAGGUCAGAUCUACGCCGACAUGACCUUCAACAACAAGGCCAUGCAAAGUGUGACUGCUUGCCAUCCAUUCAACAAGACGUACAAUAUAAUCAGUGUCUUUGGCCUGGCUCCUGGUCCUCUAGCUGUCAACUCACCGCUGAUGCCCAACUCCACUGCCUCCACUCUGCUCUCCAUCACCCCUGGAGGUCUGGUCAUGAAGAUGUCUCCCCUCACUCAGCUGCAGGUGGCCAUCAAGAACAACGUGGAUGUCUUCUACUUCAGUGUAAACAUGCCCACACACGUGCUGUUUAGUGAAGACGGUACCAUGGAUCGUAAGGUGUUCCUGGCGACGUGGAAGGAGAUACCUCAGAGCAAUGAAGUACAGUCAUCUGUUGACAAUGUCUCUCUUACGCCUGACCAGGUCCAGCAGAAGUUGGAGACCAACAAUGUCUUCCUGAUCGCCAGGCGACAGGUUGAUGUGGGCGGACUCAACCAUGGAGGAGCUGAUGAGCAUGUCCUCAAGUUAUCACAAUAGCCUGGGUUCUCAUUGAGGUCAAGGCUGCCCCUGGGUCCACCGCUGUGGGGUUGGCGCUGAAAACUUCGGCCAUGGAUGUGAUUCCUGGUGUAUUGGAGGCUUUCAAGUCUAUUUUGCAUGCGUAGAGAGAUCGUAGAUACACUGAUAGUAAGUAGUAUU